AUGCUUGCCAUUGUAUAAUUCAACAAGAUCUUAUUGAUGGCUGCUGCUGAAUUCAGAGUUAUUGAUAUUCUUGAUGGCCACUCUAAAAAGAUUAAGUGCUUGGAUGUAUCAUAAAUAUCAAAGAUCAUAGUGAGUUUCUCACAGGACCUCAUAAUAGUUUAUUCAUAAAUGAGAGAUGAGUCUAUACUUCAAGAUCACGUUAUUACAAACGGGCCACUUAAAUGGAAGGAAUCAUGGAGAUAUGAACUGAAAAUGCCUAUUAGAAAUCUAAAUAUGAGUCCAAUCGGUGAUUUUUUUGCUAUUUCUGGAGAUGGAUUAUUGAGUGUUUGGACUAGAGAUGGUCCAAAUAUUUACAGCUAUUCUAAUGCUAUUUAUUAUUCUAGAGAGGAAAAUGCUAAAAUUUUAGCAAGUAUUAUAAAGCAGAAAGAUUUGGGAACCAUUGUCUAGUAAGAAGUCACUAAAGAUGGUAGAUUGCUGAUUUGUCUUGAGUCUAGAGGAAAAACUGUGAAAAUUUUCUAUCAAGAUAAAAUUAGGUAAAUUAAAUAAUAAGAAAAGAAGAAGGAGGAGAGUGAACCCCUAGAUUAUAGAAAUCUUAACAAGAAUUAAGAUUCAAGAUGGAAGAAGAAGGAGGAAAAGGAUGACCUCAUACUGGCUUACAAUCCUUACGCUGAUUUAGACAACAUGGGAAGCUAUGAUAACGAUGGCCAAGGAAAUUAGAGAGGAGAUCACAAAAUAGAUGCUUAGGAUCUUUUUGAGUACCUAUUACCUUAGCAUAGAUUCCAAAUCGAAUACUUCAAAAUAUUACAUCACGAUAUUUAUGAAUCUGAAAAGAGGAAUCUACCGAAUAUUAUUCUUACUGUCACCUCUAAAAAUGAGAUUUAUUUCUGGCAAGAAAAUUUAAUGAGCGGAGACAUGAUGUUCAAUUGUAUACACAUCAUCAAGGGUAGCCCAAACACCCCAUUCUUCGAUGUUUCUUUCCUUGAAUUCCCUCCAAUUAACCCAAAAAGAUAUGUAGAAUUGAAGAGCAAUAUUUCGAAAUUGCUAGACACAUCUAGAGAUGAAAUUCUAAGAAUUAAAAAAGAAGAAAAUUAAUUUGGAAUAUAUCAAGAGAAUUACCAUGAAAACACCCUUGAUUGGGUUUUAAUCUUGAAUGAUCACUAAUUAGACAUUUACAAAGUUGAGUCACUAAGAAAUUUCCCGCAUCGCAGCGUUUGCUUUACAGUAUAAUCUAAAUUUUAAAUGAGCUACAAUCCUCUUCUUGCAGAGACUUUAAUGACAUUCUCAGUUUAUACUGCAUCAAUAGUCUCGGGUAGAUCAUCAAACUCAGAAAAGAUUUUGUAAUAUUCAUUUGAUAAUUAAAGGCAUCUAUAGAAAGAGUAAUCUCAAACGAAAUGGAAGAUUGAUAAGCUACUGAUAAUGAGAAGAAAGACUAUUGAAAAUGUGAUCACACAUUAGCAGCUACCAUUCGUAGCUCACAUAAUGAAAAACACUGAAAUCUAUUUUUACAUUGAUGAGCAGAGCAAGAACUAGAUCAUCAAGAGACCUGACAUGAAAUUCUUAGGGGCUUACUCGGUUUAUCAUACCACUAAGAAUGAAAGCAGAGUGGAGAGCACAACAAAAAUUAUCAGCGCCAAAUGGGUGAAGAAUCUCUGCCAAAUGGUUAUUCAUUUUUCCAAUAACUCCUUGGCAUUACUCUCAAGUUUCACUUAACUUAGAAUAAUAGCUCAUCAAAAGCAUCCUGAGGAAUAUCUUAAAUUGUGGGAGGAGAAGAGAAGUCAAAUUGCUGAGAAAUGGGAAAAGAUAUUUGAGAUCAAGUUCGAUGACGGGGCAGAUAAAGAAUAAAUAGUAGACUUUGAGAUUAUUGAUUCAAAGCUGACUGAAAGUGGAUUCAAAGUUUAAAUUGCAAUUUUUACUAACAAAAAUCAGUACCUGAUAUAUGAGACUGAUACAGAGCUAUUUGAAAAUAUGAGAACUAAAACUGAAACAAAUCUACUCUAUAACAAAUAUACCACAGAUAACUUGCUUAAGCUUUUGGGAUCUUGCAGUGAUUUUGAAAAUGAAAAUAAGACUGUUAUUGCAAUGAUCACUGAAUAAGAUCCAAGUAAUUAGCCAGAGUAAUUAAAGUCCCCGUAGCCUGCUGCUUAAUCAUCAUAUUCCAAUCCUUUUGGAGAUGAAGAUGAUGAUGAUGGUUCAGAUAGCUCUGAUGGAGAUAUAUUCGGAUAAAUCAGUGGCAUUGGUAAAAAGAAGGACAAAUAUGUGCCUCUCAAGAAGAAGUAGCAAGAGGUUAUAGUAGAAGUUAAAAAGGACGAGCCCUUAAAGCAUACUUUACUACUUAAGCUUGCCAUAUUCAAUGAAAAAUCUUUAGCCAAAAAGCAGUAUGAAGAAUUGUGGAAAGUUGAGUUCCCUUUGAGUUACAAAAGCAAAAAUUAUAAGUGUAAAAAUAACUCUGAAUUCUUCUCAUUUAUGAUAAAUGAUGGUCCUAAUGAUGAUCUUUACAUUUAUCUAUAUGAUUUGACAUCUAAUAAGUAUAUCGGGUUCGUGAAUACUACAGAGAUUUUAGGCAUCAAGCAGGAUAUAAAUCAGGUCGAUUAUGUUUUGACAAGAGGAAGUGCUAAAGGAAGUAUUACUCUAUACUCUCAAGAUAAUUUAUAUCUGAUUGCAUAGAGCUCAAGAGAUGGAUAGCCUGGCAUAUAUGAGAAUGUCGUCCAAAUAGAUAAGUCACAAAUUAAGAAAGUUUAACUAUAUGAAAGUCCAUGGAGAAGAUUGAUUAUUGUCAUCAAUAAUCACCAUUUAGAUAUCAAGGAUAAAUUCAUUGAGUAUAAAGAUGAUAUGGGAAAGACUGAUCUAGUUAAUAUCUUAAAAUCUUCAUUACAUUAAAUCUAUACCAAUCAGCAAAAAGCAUUAUUCAUCAAGGGUUAUGGGUCUAUUGUUCUUAAGAUCCUAGUCAAACUUCAAAAUACAUUGGAGAACACACCUGGCGUUGUAUCAGAAUUCUUGGAUUAUGAUUUGGAGUAAAUUAUUCACGAAAUCAUGGAGAUCCAGCAAUAAAAUUCCUCAUAGGGCUAAGCUAAGAAAAAGGUCGAGACCGCUUCCUCGAUGUUCGAUGAUUUCUACGGUUUCGGAGAUGAAAAACCCAAGGAAGAAAAGAAAGAUACCAAAGAGUCCACGAAUCAAUAAAAGGAGUUUGAAGAUGGCUUUAAUUAAUUCAUUAUCAAUAUUAGAACGUAAGGAAAAGAAAAACUAGGACUAAGUGAUGAUCAGAAAAGAGACUAUAUGCUAUUCAGUAAAAGGUUUAAGUAGCUUUACAAAAAAGACUUUUUCUCUGAUAACUUAACUACAAUAUUGCUCAGAAAGAUAUUUUAUGAAACUGAAGAGAUAGAGCUCGAGGAGAUUGACAAAAAGAAAGAGGAAAAAAUGUCAGCAUAACCUUUCAAUGUAAUGGACUUUAUUUAGCAAAUCAGAGGUCAAGUAACCUACUCAAAAGCUAAUAUUGCUUUAAUUAAAUAAUGGACAUCUUUUGAGACUGCAUUAGCUCUGCAUAGUGAAAGUUAAGAUGUUAUUUUCUAGGAACUUCAAACUAGAUUCGAUUUUGACAAUAAUCUUAAUUGGGAGAUGAUGAAAAAAUUGUGCAUUCCUGUUUGGCUUAAAGAUAUAUCGAAGAUUAAAAUCUUAGUCGAGAAGAUUGCUAAAGUUGAAUACAAGAAUGGAGCUGACGAUUUAAAUAAGGCAAGUAGAGCAGAAAGAACUGCACUCUGGUAUAUUUUGAUCGGAAAGAAAAACUUCCUCUGUUCACUUUAUAAGCAAGAGGCUUAAUAGAAGAGAAUAUAUGAUUUUUUAAUGCAAGAUUUUACUCAGCCAAAGGUAAGAACACAGGCUUCAAAGAAUGCUCUUGCACUUAUGAGUAAAAAGAAUUAUAUAACCAGUUGUGCUUUCUUCCUUUUGUCUGGAAGUAUCAAAGAUGCACUACAAGUAGCCCUUGAUAGACUUAACGAUCCAGUUCUUGCUGUUCUUAUUGUUAGACUUAUGGAUUAGGAGGAUUCAGAAAUCUUGAAGGAUGUCUAUCUUAAACAUUUUGUUGAAAGAGGAGAGAAAGCAGGUGAUCCAUAUCUUCAAAAUAUUGGUAGAUGGUAGAGAAAGGAGUUCCUUAAGUCAGUCAAUAUUUUCACUCUUGAUAAUACAAAGUCAAAUAACAUCCAAAGCAUCCUCAAAUUCGAGCAUUCCGAAUUUAAUCUCUAUUUUUCGCAAUUUAAACAUGACUAGUAGAUUAAGCAGGAUGAAUUGAAUGACUUUGUGCCACAUUUAUCAAGAUAUGAUUACUUUGCUUUAGAUUUUGUUAAAGCUCUUAAAAAGAAUACAAAUGUCAAGAGAUAAAUCCAGAAAACUUGGAAUAACGGUGGAGGCUUUGGUGGAGGAGGUGGAGGAGGCUCCAUAUUUGACGACUUUUAUGGGGAUUCAUCUGCCUAAACAUAAAAGAAAUAAGAGGAAGUUAAGUAAGAGGAAAGUAAACUCAAUGUAGACGAAUCUAAAAUAAUGGAAAUGGUUACAUUUGAAACAUCUUAAAGAGGAUAUUCGCUUGUUUCAUUAUUAGUAAUGACUGAAAAUCAAGAUUUUGUUGAGUAAAUGGAUAGAAAGUACAAGUAGCUGCUCUCAAAUUCGCUAUUAACAGAUGUUAUUUAAAGUAUGAUCCAUGGUGAUUAUAAUGGCUAAAUCUCAAAACUGAAUAAAAGUAUCAAUCUUUUGGCUGAAAGGUUAGACAUUGAACCAAAAGAAAGCAAAGAAUUUAUCAGAAAAUAAUUGAAACAUAUUGAAAACCUAAAUCUAAUUAUAGGCUAUCUGAUUGAGGAUGGAAAGGAAAGUGUUAUGUACAAAGUUGAACAAGAAGCUCUUAAAUAGAUGAACUUUAUUAAUUCAAUGGCUGAUUUCCCUUUCAUCACAGAUGGAGGAUUCAAAGAUAAGAGAGGCUUUAACAUGAUUAAGAUGGUAGACUUCCUUGAAAACCUGGUUGAAAGCUACAUGCAAGUUGAUUUCUAAGAGUAGAGAGUGUCUAUUGAAAGAAAAGAAACAAUAAAGGCUAAGCAGUAAAAAGCAAAGGCAGGUUUUAUUGAUUUUGAUGACGAUGAAGGUAUGCUCGAUACUGAGGAAAAGAAAGGAGAUAUUGAUGUAAAGAAAGUGAGAGCUACAAUGAUAAUCUACAUUUCACUGAUUCAGCUAUCUUUUAUUGCUAAAAAGUUUGGAAUGGUUAAAUAACUUGUUGUUGAUUUGAGAAAUAUUCUUGGAACUAGACUUCUUGAAGGAAAUAUCUCUGCAGAUGAUAUUAACCUCCAAAACCUUAAGACAAAGAUUCAGAAAUUUAAGUAUACAUUAAUGAAGCCAAUUGAAACUGACUAAGAGAAGGAAGAUCUUUAAUAUUAGUAAGUAGGAGUAGGUUUGAAUAAGCUAACCAAAGAAUAAGAGGACCUUAUUAAAAUGAGAAAUAAGAUCAAUCAAUUUAUGAUACUAUGGAUUAGAUUCAUUAUUUCUCACAAUACAUAUCAACUUGUAGACUUUUAAUUUGAAAAGACCCAAAUCAGAAAUCUUAUUGAUCUCAGACCAUCAAUCAUUAAUACAAGACCCCUAAAUGAGGCGAUUGAAAUUAUUAUGAAUCCAAGAUUAAUAUCAGGAGAGCUACUGAAGAAAUUUGGAAAUAUGCAUCGUAUCCUCGAGAAUGUGACAACCUACUAUUUUGAAAACUUCCUUAAUAUACAAGAGAGAGCUAUCAUCUUAGAAGAGCUCAAGAGAUUACAAAUAGCUAAAUACGACUAAAUCCAAACUGAUAAUAUAGACUUUAGCUAAAUUUUUACAAAUGAGAAUAAAUUCACAGAAUUUGCACACUUUUUUGACUUAACUGGCUUCAUCAAGCAUCUUAAAGAUCAUGAACUAAGCUUGAUAUAUAACACUAAUAAUGACUACAGCCACUAUGCAGUUUAAAAGACCUAAGAGCUCUUUGAAAGUGGGAUUGAUAUUUUUAGAUUGAAGAGUGAGUCAGUCAAUGGAUUUGCAUUUGACAGAUGUGAUAUGGAUCUUGUAUCACUUGCAAUGCUUGGUAAGGGUAUCAGAGAAAUCCCAGUACACAAGGCACUAUUAUACAGAAACAGAUUGAGUAAGGGUCACUAAGUACUAGAUGAAGAAUACACCACUUGGCAUGAGUGUUUGAAGAGAUUUGAUAAGGUCUCACAAGAGCAUUCAAAUCUUAAAGCAACAAACGAACCUAUCAUUGCUAUAGUUGACAAGCUUUACUCUUAUAAGACAGUUAACUACACUAAGAAACCCAGAAGAAAGAGAGGCACAUUGUUUUUGGACUAUGAAAUGAGUCCACCAGAUUUGUGGAGUAGUCACAAAUCGACAGAUUACUUGAAAACUAGAUCUAGCUAGGAAAUUAACCAUGAUGAAUAUGCUGCAUGUGUUGAAUCACAUCCAUUCCUCCCUCUUUAUAUGACAAGCAAUUAAAGAGGAGUGCUGUGUCUUUGGGGGUUCAACCAGAAUGAAGACAGAUCAUUAGAUUAAUGGCACACUGCUCAUGAAGACAUAAAACCAAAGAAGGCAACAGUCAAAAAGAUUCAGUUUAAUGGAUAUGGAGAUAAAAUAAUUUCCCUUAACAUGGAGGGAAGUAUGUUCAUUCAUAGAUUUGACAAUAAUGACAUGUCAAGGACUGUCCCUAUUUAUCAACUCAGAAAAACCAAAGAACGCAAGUUUAAUGAUCUAUCUAUUCUUAAUCAAGACACAGUCAUCGCAAUGGCAUCUCUAAAACCAAAGCAUGUCUGGGUGCAUGAUACCCUCAUUGGUCAAAGAGCUGGUUUAGUUAUGGAAUCGUAAAUAGGUGGAAAUAUCAUUUAACCUAUUAAAAAGAGAAGUCAUUUACUCUUAUUGAAUGAGAAGCCUGGCUAAAUGAAUAUACUUGAUUUAAAGAUGAAUAAAGUUGUUCAAUCUAUCAACCUUCAUAAUGAUGAAGCUACCUCAAUUGCUGUAUAUGAAGGAGAAGGAGCAAUAGCAGACGGAAUGGUUAAGAUUUACAAUGCAGAUAAAGAUUACGAAUUAAGAGAGUCUUUUGUAGCCUUUUCAUCUCAAGGAAACAAAAAAGGAGUUGUUACUGCUGUUAAAGUACAUCCAGGUAAUGGAGCUUUGUUUGCUUCAUCCGCCUCUGGAAAUUUCAAGAUACUAAGAACCAAGUGA